AUGACUGCACUGUUCAACUUCCAAUCACUCCUCCUAGUUAUUCUCCUAAUCAUUUGCACGAGUACUUAUGCGCACUCAAUAAUGCCCGGGAUUAUGGACCGAAACCAGAAUGGAUUCUUUGGGAUAUUUUGGAAAUGCGCCAGGGUUGGAGAACGGCUGAGUCCGUACGUGAGCUUAUGCUGUAUUGCCAUGGCUGUAAGUCCGCCGAGCGCCUUAGAAGAUCAACCCAAAUGCAGUUCCUUAUUUGCUCUAAUGGGAACACAGGUUUCCCUUUUCAUCGGCUCUUAG